GGUAGACAGAAGGUGAGAGGGAGGGGAGAAGAAGGGUAUUUAUGGUGGUGCAGAUCUGAUGAUAUGCAUUUACAGUUAUGGCUUUCUACAAAGUGAUCUGUGUGGCAGCUCUGCUGACUCUCCUGACACAAGGAAGCAAGGCCCAGUCAGAUGUUUGUGGCACUGCGCCGCUCAACACCAGGAUUGCAGGAAGGGCAGAUGCUCCUGCAGGAUCGUGGCCCUGGCAGGCCAGUCUGCAGACCAAAGGAGAUCAUUUCUGUGGAGGCUCCCUGAUCAACAACCAGUGGGUCCUGACUGCUGCUAGCUGUUUUGAGAGCGUCAGACCCGGUCUCACCGUUAACCUCGGCCUUGACACCCUAGACUUGUUUAAUACAAACGGGAUGUCCCGGACUGUGUCCCAGUUCAUCCAGCAUCCCAACUAUAAUACCAACACAAACGAUACCGACAUAGCCUUGCUGAAGCUGUCCUCACCUGUUACCUUCACCGACUACAUCAGACCCGUGUGUCUGGCGAUGGAUGGCAGCGUCUUUAACAACGGGACGACCUGCUGGGUCACCGGAUGGGGGAGAAUCCAAACUUGGACUCCACUUCCUUUCCCAGAGAGGCUGCAGGAGGUGAGUCUUCCCAUUGUGUCCAACAGUGAUUGUAACGUUACCUACGGUGGUAAAAUCACAAACAACAUGAUCUGUGCUGGUGUGACUCAGGGAGGACAGGGCAUCUGCUAUGGGGAUGGAGGAGGCCCGCUGGUGACUAAAAACGUCUCUGUCUGGGUCCAGGCUGGAGUGCUGAGUUUUGGAAGAGGCUGUGCCCUGCCUAAUUUUCCACAAGGCUUCACCCGAGUGUCCCAGUAUCAGUCCUGGAUCAACAGCCAGAUCAGCACCAACCAGCCGGGCUCUGGGACCACUCCCAGCCAGACCACCACCAACCAGCUGGGCUCUGGGACCACUCCCAGCCAGACCACCACCAACCACCUGGGCUCUGGAACCGCUCACCUGGUUCCCCUCUCGGUUCCUAUGCUACUGUCCAUCUUACCUUUCCUAUUCUCCUCUUUUGUCCUUUCACAGGAAGUUUAAUUGGUUUUGUUUAAGUAUUACCAGAAGUUGUGUGGUUCUAAUUUUGAUUGGACUAUUUUCUCCAUUAAUUGAUUACUCAUUUUGUCUUUAAAAUGGCAGAAAAUAGAGAAAUAUGUAAUUUAUAACUUCACAAGGCCCGAUGUACUCAAAGAUUUGGACCAACCAAGAACUUUAAACUUGUUGGUAUCGACCAUCUUCAACAUCAUGAAAUUAAAUAAAUAUGAAUUAUGAAACCUGGAG